GGAGUAGCCUCGCGCGGACGAGUGAAGAGCAGUCAUGGAAAGAUGAAAGGCAGGCGAGUUACGUGACGACACGUGUGUGCGCGUCGGUGGUGGUGGCGGUGGGCGGACGAUGGGGUGGUGCUGGCGCGGACGCCAAGAGCAAGACACGAAUAAAGAGGCUGUCGUCUAGCUGGCUGCUGCGGCGAGAGUGAUGCUGUCGUCGCCGUCGCUGCCGACGUGGAGUUGCGGCGCGGACAGGCGGUCUUCGUCGCGAGAAGUCGAGGGCGCCUCGCCCCAGCCAACGGUGCUAGCUGCAGCCAAGUGCAAAUUCGGAAGAGGAAAAGGGGCCCCCGUGUCGGAUCGUUGAAGUGGCUCGCGCGCACGUCAGUCAUGGGACUGCCACCGCUGCUGCUGACGCUGCUACUGAUUGGCCUGGGCUGCAGCUCGGUCGAGGCUCGGAUCACCAAUCAAGAGAUAGUGACGAUGAGCGAUGCACAAGCGGUAGCUGGUAAUAUUGCUCAACUACCGUGCGACGUCGAGCCCCCGACGUCUGGCGACAAGGUACACCUCGUCAUCUGGUACAAAGAGCCUGCUGAUCUGCCCAUAUAUAGCUUCGAUUCGCGAGGAAUAACUGCACUUGAACAGGGCAAACACUGGCAAGACCCGAGCUUGGGCGGACGAGCUUUCUUCAAGCACAACGACACGCCAGCUAAGCUCAAUCUCGAGUCCGUUAAAGAAAGUGACGCUGGCUUGUAUCGGUGUCGUGUUGACUUUAAGCAGUCGCCCACGAGAAAUAGCAAAGUCAACCUCACCGUCAUAAUACCGCCGGAGCAGUUGAGCAUUCUGGACGAGGGCGGAGAGUCGCACAUAACUUACUACAGGCUGGGACCCUACAGCGAAGGAGCCUCGCUCAACAUUACCUGUGUCGCCGCUGGAGGUAGACCGCAGCCUAGGGUGACCUGGUGGCAGGAGAAUGCACUGCUCGACGACAGUUACGAGGUGAUCGGCAACAAGAAGGUGCGCAACGUACUGCGAUUGGAAAAGUUGGAGCGCAAGCAUCUGCACGCGGUGCUGACGUGCCAAGCUUCCAACAACAACAUGGUCGCGCCGAUAUCCAGCUCCGUGACUCUCGACAUGAACCUGAGGCCGUUGUGGGUGCGACUGCAAGGAGAAAACCGGCCAUUGAGCGCAGGCAUGACUUACGAAAUAGGAUGCGAGGUCGUCGGUGCCAAGCCUGAACCAACGAUCGAAUGGACCAAAGGAGGCGUCGCCCUGAAAAACGUCAGGCAAACGGUGAGCCCCGACGGCAACACGACGACGAGCGUGGUGACGUUCGUGCCGAGCAUCGAGGACGCAGGCAAGUUCCUGUCGUGCCGUGCCCGAGUCGCCGAGAUCCCGGAUUCCGAAAUGGAGGCCGACUGGAAGCUCGACAUACAUCACUCGCCGGUAAUCACCCUCGAACUCGGCAGUAACCUCAAUGCCAGUGCCAUUCGCGAGGGUCUUGACGUCUAUUUCGAGUGCAACAUCAAAUCCAAUCCUUGGGUCUACAAAGUCUCCUGGAAGCACAACGGCACUCCGCUCUACAACAACGUGGCCAGCGGCACGAUAGUCAGCAAUCAGAGCCUCGUGCUGCAGAACGUGUCGCGGAACAGAGCCGGCAUUUACACUUGCGUUGGCAGCAAUCAAGAAGGCGACGGCGAGAGCAACCAGCUCAGUCUGGACAUCAAGUUUGCGCCGGUGUGCCGAGCUGGUCAGACGAAGGUGUUCGGCGUGGCUCGCCAAGAGACCGUGAAAAUACCGUGCGAGCUCGAGGCGAACCCACGAGACGUGACGUUCAGCUGGAAGUUCAACAACACGAUGGAGACCAUGGACAUACCAUUGGAGCUGAUCAGCAGCGACCAAGCCCACUCGUCGGUCUCGUACACGCCGAUGAACGAGCUCGACUACGGCACGCUGCUCUGCGCGGGAACCAACGAGCUCGGCGCCCAGGCCGAGCCCUGCCUUUUUCACGUCGUGCCGGCCGGUCGUCCAGACACGCCGCACAACUGCAGCCUGCAGAACACCACCUCGGACACGUUGCGCGUCGAGUGCGCGGAGAGCUUCGACGGUGGUCUGCGGCAAAAGUUCACGCUGGUCGUCGAAUUGGAGUCGAGUCCCGUGGCUGCCGCUGCCCCGCCGUCCGCCUCGCCCGGCGUCGUCCUGAGGACGCCAGCUGGCGCGGUGGUCUACAAUUUGACCAGCAACCAGCCGGACUUUCGAAUCAGCGGCCUCGAGCCGAGCACCAGCUACCUCCUCACCGUCUACUCGAGCAACAGCAAGGGCCGAAGCGAGCCGGUGCAGCUGCACGCCACCACUCUCAACCAGCCUGAGAGGCGUACCGGCGACAAGCCGCUACGACCACCGUCACCGGAGAACUGUACGAUCACCGAGGAGACGAGGACGACGGUGAGGGUGAGCUGCGCGGAGAGCGACUACGUGGACAGCAAAAGCGCGAUGUACGUGCUGCAAGUGUUCGACGCCGAGACUCGUCGUCUGCUCGCCUCGGCCACCAGCAUGAGUCCGUCGAUGCUCGAAGUGACCGACUUGCCGGCCGAGCGUAGCCACUCGGGUCUCGUGCUCUUCGUCAGGGUGAUGACGGCUCACGCGACCAGCGAUGCCACCGUACUCAACAGUCAGCAGAACCUGAAUAGCGGCGAAAGUCCCGAGCAUCAGAUCUUUCCAGCUCUGUCGCCGGUCAUACUGUCGCUGUCUGGUCCGUUGCUGGGCGUAGUGGUUGGCGUGGCGGCCGGCCUCGUCAUCGUCAUCUUCCUGAUCAUAGUGGCCCUGAAGCUGCGCUACCGGCAGCGUUCCCAGGACGACAAGGACUCGCAGCACGACGACGGCGGCAUGGCCACCCUCACGGCGCCCAACGACAAGACCGCCUCGCUGCCGCUCAGCAGCGACAGCAUCGAGAGCUUCGAGAAGGAUCCCGAUAUCAUACCACAGGCGACAGACAAUUCGUACGCCGAGUUGUGCAAGGGCACUUCGCCGCGUUACGUGCUGCAACAGCAGUCGCAUCCCUCGUCGCAUCUGCUCGAGCCUGGAUCGCUCGGCUCGCUGAACAACGCAUCCAAGAUGCAGUACGCCGACCUGACGCUGCGGAUCAACCGACGAGUGCCGCCGAACUGCUACCAACCGGUGCCGCGAAGUCAACUGCUGCCGAUGUCGACGCUGCCGCGCCGAUUGCCGAGCUCUUGCGCGGCCUCGGCCGCCAACGAUCCGACGAUCUACGCGCAACUGGCCGCCGCCUCGGCCGCGGCCUCGGUCGCCGCCACGGCCGCCGCCUCUGCGCACUCGGCCAAGCCGAUUUACAUACCGCCUCCGCACCAGUACAUGUCGAGCAGCAGCCGAUCGCCCGACGAGACCACCGCCGAGACGCCGCUCAUCGGCUCUGACAAUAAGAUAACAACAAUCACGGAAGCAGCGAACUCGUGGCGAGGCGCCGAAGCGCCGGGUGCCAGUAGCAACAAUGUCAACAGCAAUAGCACGGUGUCCACAUGAUUCGUCGAGGGUGCCGAGAGCCUCAUCAUCAACACUGCACUCUAAGCUCAGUUGCUGCUGAGAGAGACGGUCGCCUUUCGACAAGUGUACAAGUGCUUCGUUCAAUCGAGUCACCGCCGCCACCGCCGCCACCGCCGCGUCUAAUGUAUUGUAUAAUAUGUAACACGAAGAAUAAGAGAGAUAGGAGAGGUACUGCCAGAGAGAUUGAAUAUAUUAAGCAGGCAGUCUAGAUGAUACUGUUGAUAAAUGCAAUUGCAGGCUCGAUCGGCGCGCGGCUAUUGUAAAGAUGAUAUUAUAAAGCGUAAGAAAACAAAACAAUACACGGUAAAAAGAAUCUGUACAAAGUUUUUAUUUGUAAAAGAAGCAACUUUAGCCACUCUCUAUCGCCAGAUGCGGCUGAAAUUCGCGAUUUAGCCUGUAGUAACUUUAGUCGGUACGUUCAUUAUAGCCUUUAUUUUCUUAUACGAAUGUGUAUUCUUUCUCGCGUAUAAAUGAUUUAAGGUAGACACUCUGCGACAAAAAUUAACCAUCCAGUAAAAGUAACAUACAACUACGAAACUUUAACGUAGAAAACUUUUAUAUAUAAUUCAAGCGAAGGAACCCACGAUGCUACUUGUUGAAGCACGUGUGCUUGUAUAAAAAAAACUGUGUAAAAGCCUAGACCUUAACUUCGUGUGCUAGUUCUUAAGUCAACUUCAAAUUAACGCAAGAGAAAUUAUUAUUGCAUCCUUUUAGGGGCAACGGCGAGUUUUCUUUUUAAACGAUAUCUAGACUCCAAUCGACAGUCUCAUGAAGCCUUUUAAACAUUAUACUUUUCUUACGAACAAUCUAACUGUGCAAGGAAAUAUUGUUUCGAAAAUUCAUCGGGUACGAGUGGCCUAGCUUUCAAGAUCGAACGCUCUAGCUUUCAGUUUACGACAUAGUUAGCUUCGAGUAUGUAUUUGGAUGUAAUUAAACUUGUAUCACGAUUAAAAGUUGACGAACAAAUAAAUCCCAAUAUCCGUCCCAAAAUAUAUUGAAUAGUAAAGAGGGAGCCAAACGUUCAAGUACAUUGUUGAAUAAAAAAAUUUUUAUCGAUUAUCUAGCUGACAUUGCAGCGUCGAAUACCAAGGCUGACUGCGGACAUCUCCAUCAAAAGCGUUCAUUUUUAACAAUAAGAGUCAUUUUAUGAAAUUAACCAAUCAACGUUGGAUGAUUUUUCCCAAAAUUUGUACACUUUGUUCCGCCGUUACGAAGAAAUGUUGACCCUGAGACGGGACGAGAUGCCAUUCCGAAAACAAUAAAAUAAUCUACACGUAUUUAUGAUUUUUCACAAGACUGACGCGUGGAAAGUAACAAUAAUAAACGAUGAAAAGCAUAAAUACAAUAUAUAGAAUUCACACAGAGUUUCAACUUCCUGAAUUUCAAACUGGACAGUCGUUGUUCCAUAUUUUAUUCCAGUAUACAUUAAGCGUAUAGACAAUUAGUUGCAGUCUUUGCGAUCUGUAGUACCAUUGUUACCUCGAGAUUGACCAUUAUUACUACGGUAACUUAUAACACAGAUUCGAUUGCAGAUACACGAACAUUUAUUUAUUUAUUAAUUUUUUUGUUUUGCGGUAAAUUAGAUUUACGUCAAUCAUUUUAAUUAUAUUUUUUUAUUCUGCUAUUAAUUUUCUAUUUAGGCAUGGUGCGCUAUGUUAUUACUUGCAUUAUAAUUUCAAUAGAAAUCAAGUAAAUACUUAAUAUAAGUGCUGCUCAUGUGAGAAGGUCGCAAGUAAACGAAACCAUUGCCUAUUGCAAUAGGAAUGUUUGUAUUCAAUUUGAAAUUUGCUUGCAUUAUUCAUCUAAUGUUUCACACUUAUUUAAUAAUAGUUUAAAUGACUCGAGAUCGACUUCAUCAAAAUUUUUUUAAAUAGAAAAUAAAAUAUUUCUCUUUCUCUCUCUCUCUCUUUCUCCCUCUGUAAUCUAUCUAAUCUAUCUAAUCUAUCUAACUUGUCAAUAUUUUGUCAAAAUUAAAGAAAAAGCAAACAUAUUUGUACAGUUGUUCUAUGUAAAUUAAGCUCUUUCGCAUUUACACAAUUUUUAAGUAAAUAUAAAAUAACCUGUCUAUAUAAUACAUGUGAUAAAAUAAGAAACAACUGGACCUGGUCUCGAUUUUUCAGUGAUGUAUUUAAUAAAUUAAUACUGUAAUUUAAUAUUUCUAUAUAAUAUUUCUUAUUAAAGAAAUCAAACGACACGAGACGAAAUUUUUUUAGACAAAUUUGUAAAAUUUUUAAAUACUUAUUGGUAAUGGUGCAAUGUUCAAAUAUGUAACUCGUAAUCAAAAUUAAUUGGCACAAGCGAGUUUUUGCUGUUAUUUACAACCACAUAUAAUUUAUUAACUGAAACUGUUAUUUCAAACCGAAGCAUAGAUAAAAUUGUUGAUAGUGCUGAGUGCAAGAAAAAUUUUCAUGAUGUAAUUUGAUAUAGUUAUGUACUUUCUUGUUACCAAAUAUUAUUCUUAUGUAACUAAAAUAAUUGUAAUGGCACACAAAGUGCAAUGCUCGUAAGUAUUAGAAGCUACAAUUAAAAAUUUGACCGUCAAUGUAUUGCAAAAUUUAUAAACAAAAAAAUAAACUGGAAAUUGAAAUAGUAUGUACGUA